UUUAUCGAAAUUGAUCCAACAUAAUACAUGUCCCUACAAAUCUUUUCCCGUCAUUUUUAAUGUAAUUUGUUGUUUGAAUGGACGACGUAUUUACAUGUUAUGUCUUCAGUUAUAAACGAUGAAAGACACAUUGUUAGUUUCUACCUCAUAUAUUUCUAUCUUUUCAAAUGGGGAUUUUAAAUAAUUUACCUCCUUAAAGACUUGCAUCACAAUAACCCAUACGUCUCAACAAUUUCAUAAGGCAUUUAACGUUCAAUCAUAAGGGGAAAGUUGUUCGCAUUCAAGAAAUUUAAUGAUGCCCAAACUAUCUUUAAUAUGAUCUGAAGUAGCACAAGAAAUUUUAAAGAUACCGAAAUAUACAAAGUUUAAAAAAAAAAAGUACUGAACGCUGGAUGGAAGGAAUGGAAAGAAAUUGGAUGAAGUCCCUGUUAUUUUACGUUGCAUCACUUAGCUUUCUACAUAUAUGCCAUGGAGCCGCUCCGCAGUUUGGUGGAUUGCCGACAGCCGUCACGGUGGGUGAACAGGAGACAGCUGACCGAUUGAUUUAUACACUUACAGUAACGGAUGCCGAUAACGACGCGUUCAGUUGCAAGAUUUUGUCAUCAACCCCCGCCACAACUUCCUUUAGGGUCCUUAAAGAUCCUAUCACAACUAAAUUUGGUGUGUAUACAAAUUCAAUAAACCCAGCGUUUGACUUUGCUACAACUCCGCAGUAUUUGCUUACGGUGGAAUGUGAUGACAACACAGGGAAUAAACCAACAGCAGUGCUUACAGUAAACAUCCUUGACGGAGACCGUCUUACUUUCAGUAACAUACCAGCUACGACUACACACGCAGCUUUGACCACUGGUGACAAUGCCGCCAUUUAUGAUGUAGAUGCCACAGAUCUGCUUAAUCACACGCCACUGACGUUUUCAAUGACAAGCUUACCAGCAACGACGAGUUUCAAAAUAGAUGCAACUACGGGGGCUAUUACAACAGCCAGAGAACUUAAAUUUGAAACCAAUGCUGCAAUCGAUCUGUAUGUAACAGUUUCCGACGGUUCUAUUUCCGUAACAGAGAAACUCAGAGUACAGCUGACAAAUCUCAAUAACAUACCCACGUUUACAAACUUGCCUGCAACAAUAAGUGUUAAUGAAAAUACUGCAUCUGGUACUGUUUUACAUACACUGACGUCAUAUGAUGCUGACGCAGGUGCAACGUUGUCGUAUACAUGGACAGUUACUCCACCUGCAGAAUCUGGAAAAUUUACUUUUGCAACAAAUACUUUACAGUUGUCCUUGACCUCGGGACAGUCCUUUGACUUUGAAACUAGGAGUUCCUAUGUCGUGUCAUUCACAGUAACAGAUACCAUGGCAACCACAGGACCUAUUGACCUCACUGUCAACAUCAACAAUAUCAACGAACCGUGUUAUUUCGACAAGUCUUACUACUACGUCUCCCUAGCCGAGGCCACGGCUGGCAGUGUAACAUACAAUCCGAAUUUCCUUGUCCGAGACUAUGAUGGCGCCGCUUCGUAUUCUUUGUCGUUCGCGGCAGGAAACAACAGUAAUAGAUUUUCCAUUGAUGCCAGUAGUGGAAUCAUUUCGUUCGCUGUGGACUAUGACAUAGAUAAUAGUGCCAUGCCGUCUAACGUAAUACUGACCGUAGUGUGUACUGACUCCACCAGUACAACGGGAACCUCCAAAGUAGAGAUCACCAUCACGGACGUAAAUGACAACGCUCCAUCGUUUGCUCAGUCGACUUACACCAUAACAGUGGACCAGUAUGAUACGGCUGGUUCCUUAAUGGGCACCAUAGCGCCGACAGACCCAGACACCGGCGUCAAUGGAGAAUUUUCUUGUUCUGGAAGCUCUUCAGCUUCGUCUGCCACAACACACUAUUCCAUAGGCGCCGAUUGUGGCGUUUAUUUACUGUCUUCUCCCUCCGGAAGCUUGGCUUAUGGAACAAUUUCAAGAUUUACAAUAACAGCGGUAGACAAAGGUUCGCCUGCUCUGACCGGAACUACGUAUGUGGACAUUAUCUACAGGGAAACCACGACAACCACCACUACUACUACUGCAGCGCCAUCUACCUACAACUUCUGGGACGACAGCGGCGCGGUGGCAGCUUUCUCCAUAGCAAUGGUUUUAGGUGCUGUUUUGCUGGCGGCAUUGUUGUAUUAUCUCUUACGAUGCUGUUACACUGGAAUGUGCUGUGGUCCAGAGCCGUGUGACUUUAUGGAGUGCUGCAGAGGUUACGAAAGACCCCGGGCUCAAAGAAGACUGGUGACCCCAGAAAAACCAAAACGACCAAAGAGAGAUGAGUUUGAUUACUGGAGGGAAGACAGUGGUCACGGUUCAUUAGACAGAUACGAACCAUCGAGGAGGUCAUCGCCGUUACGUGUACAUGGCCCUCGUGAGUACAAGGACCUGCCCAAUUCUAACAGAUUAACACCCACCGAUAUAGACUUCCAGCCUCGACGACUUUUAUCGUCACGCCCACCUCUGGCCGUCUCUUAUUAUUAAUCACCAGGAUUAAACAGUCUACACUUGAUGUUUUUCUCUUUAUAAAUAUUUUAUUAAUUUAAUUCCUUAUGCAUGCACAAUAUCGUUCUGGUAUAAGUUAUUUUAUUCAAGACUUCUGAGAAUUGCGCAGACAUCAAAUUCAUUGAUACACAUCCAUU